CCAGCGGAUCACACAGCAGCACCGUCUGCCACAGUGUGCGCGCGCCUCCCUUCCUUCGCCAAGCGUCGUUACAGUUGUGCGCGGACCACGGCAGCAGCAGCAGCCGGCAUCCCAUUGAGACAGACUGCCACUUUACUUCUUCGACACCGUUGAACCGGCGAGCCAGUCGCGCACUUAUGGGAGCGGAAGGAGUUAGCCAGUCGGCGUAAACGCGAUGAACAAGCCACCCACACGGCAGUGACAGAGCUUGCGGUCAUCGAAGAGGCGUUCAUAAGUAGCGGCUGUGCUCCUUUCUUUUUUUUUUUUCCGAGAAAAGCUUGCCUGGCGACGGAAAUCCGUACCCGAGUGGAGGAGAGGACGCCCAAGAGCGGGAUGAUGACCACUGCCACUGUGUGAGAAGUAAGGGAGACGCAACCCGAUUUUUCUGCGCUGCACCGUCAUCGACGCCCACGGCUGCUUUUUGCCUUCGUUCGACGCGUUGUCGCUCUUGGUGUCACCGGAUUACGGGCUGCCACAGGGGGGUCGUGGACCUCGGCACCGAAGCCGAAGCGCCAUGUUGGGGAGAAGAAGAUGCGGCGAAAAACACCCGGUGGCUGCGAUAGUGGCAUUGCUCAGCCUCAGUUGUAUUGUCGGAACGGCCGCACAGAUCGACAAGUCAAACAGAGAGCUGAACGACAGCGCAAAUCGUAUUCCUUGGCCUGUGUACCAACACAGCACUGCGUCCAGUGCUCUCGGGCUAAAUCAGAAUAGGCCACAGGAGGACACUAAGCCGAGACCUCGCCUCUCCGAUUCUCUAUUACCACCAUCGUUCAUUAAAGUAAUAAAUUCUGUCAGCUCUCCAGACUGGGAAACAACCACGCCCGCAGGGCCACGAGCAAUUUUUUUGACGAGUUCUACGACAACGACGACAACAACGACUACGACUCCUUCUCCUCCACCCCCUUCUCCUCCUCCUCCUCCAUCGACAACCGCAGCAGCGCUUACGAGCUCCACCUACAUUAAGCGUGGCCAUCCACCAGAGGUUGAUCCAUUAAGUCCCAGUGCCUGGAAGGCUGUGCCAGAGAGCCCUCCAUUUCCCAAGAGAUCCAGGUUGCAGGCCAAGAGACGACGAAAGCUGAGGCCGAAGCAGGAAAGUACGGUGAAAGAGCACACACUGUUCACCACUGAACAGGCAACAGAAGCCUCCACUACUGCCCAUCCCACGAGGAAGUUUGGUGUAACCCGUCGUCAGCUUCCACCCCUCGUUCGUGGGUAUAGGAGCAAACCAACUAAGAGCACGCCACCAACGACCACCCCACCGAGAAGGGCUUACGUGAGACCAGCGUUACCCGGAAGAAAGUACACUCCAGCCAUUCCACGUCGACCUGUGCUGGCGACCACUACCAGCACCACGUCUUCCUCUACAAGUAGUUCCACGACAACGACUACAACCUCCACAAGACGGCCUUUCAUAUUUGGUGAGCGCAAGGUUCCAUCCUGGUAUGGCCAGACGAGCACAAGCACAACGACGACGUCAACUACUCGCCCGCUGCUGUCAACACCACUCGCAAGAUUGGGUCGAAGGCCCUCAGGCCUGCGCUACAAGCCCGACGACUUGUCACCAGGGUUUGGGCCUCGAACGAAGUUGUCACUGCGUCCUCUGCCACCCGUCAUUAGAGACGCCGUGCCUCAAACAGUCGAGAAGGACGAGUUGGAGCUAUCCCAGUCGGUUCAAAGGCCCAAUGGCCGACGACGCCUGGUCAAUGACGUACCCGCAAGGGUGCACGUAGUGAAGGGUCAGCUACCUGAUCUACCAACACCCCAGAUAACGCACAACGAAACAGAGGCCAUCAAGCCUGAAGGCAGGCAAAGUGGCUCUGAUGAAGGCGGCGAAGUGGUACGCUUCGUGGCCAUACCCCAUUUCGUGGAUGGAAACAUCCCGACGAGGAGGGCUGAUUUCAAGGAAAGUUCAAGAGUUCCUUUCAGAAGGAUCUUCAGAAACCCUUUUGUAGUUCCAGUAAGACGAAGGUUUCCUUACGCGGGACCUGUGGCCGUGUUCCCGCCCUCCCUGUCCUCCGUUGAAGACAGCAGCAGCCAGGACGAAGAGGUUAUCCGAAUUCCGGUGGAAAGACCAGAAAGUGGCGCCUUCCCAGCUCUGCAGCCACCACCUGCCCUUCCGCUGCGCGUGGUGCGGCCGGCGUAUCCGGGGGCUGUGGGGCACCAGGCUAGUGCAGCCAUGGCACCCGUGCCGCCAACAAAUAACGCCGAGCACGAGUCGGCGUUCACACAACCACGGCCGCCCAUGACCCUGGGCAGCGCCAACUUGCCCAGCCGCGUGAGCCGUCCCAAGCCGGAGGAGCCACGCUGUGACCGCUUCUCCGAAGACAUCUGCCUCGACGACUUUGAGUAUCCGACGGCAGCCAUUCUGGACACGAUCAGCCGGCAGCGAUCACGCUUCGACACCAUGUAUGCGGAGGUCCGUGAUCGCAGCCCCCAGGUGGAUGGCGUGACACGCAAGCAGGAAGAGCGGUACACAAUGCGCCACUACUUCGGCGGCAGCGAGCGCGAUGGCCGUCCACGGGACUACGCACCCGACGGCGGGUUCCUUUGUCCGUCAGAAAUCCUGUACGAGCGGCCGCGCCGAGCCCGCAACCACCUGGGUGUCUGGAAGGUGAUCGUGAACAUUGGCGAGUACCGCCAGACCAUGCGCCUGGAGAAGUGCCUGAGGCCGAAUCGGCCAUGCUCGUACGUGCUGGAGAAAUACCAGAGUUCCUGCAGCCAAGUAUACAGCUACCAGCGGCUGCUCACCUUCGAGAAAGGCAAGGGGCUGCACAUCGACAUAUUCCGCGUACCGUCAAGCUGCUCCUGCCACGUGAAGGGUUUCAGCCCAUUCCAACGCCACGACGAGCCGGUCACACCGGUGCGCCAACAGCCACCGUUCGAAUACGACCGAACCGCGUACACCAGCGCGACUAGCCUUGCAGCCGCCAAGGAGCCCGACAAUGGCGGUGGGAGAGGGAACAACACGCUGUGGAUAAUAUUGGGCAAUGGAAAGGACCUCGAUCCGGAAACCAAGGCUCGACUCUUGCAGCAGCUGAGGCAGUACCCACAACUUGCCGAGCAGUUGUCGCAAGGCGAGAAUGUGCGCGAGCUGGGGAACGAGGCGGACGAAUACCAGAGGCCAUACACGAGGACCGAGCCGACAAGGACGCCCGGCUACGGCGUCCACCACUACGGCAGCACGCACAAGACACGAGAAGAGAGGCCACAGUUGCUGAACGCCGCGCCACCUCGGUGGUCGCAAAGCACCGUUGCGAACGAGCCCUUCAAGUACGUGCAGCCUAACCGCAUCAGGAGGCCUCCGCCACAGCCACAGAUGCCCACCGACUAUGAAGCAGAUGACGCCCUCCCACCUGGCGCCAGGCCGCGCUACUAUCAGAAGCCAUUUAAGGCGUCUGAGGAGGACACUCUUUUUACGAGAAGCAGCGGAGGCACGACGUUCGUCGUGCUCAGGCAGAUUGAGCCGCUGUCACGCAGGUACCACGAGCCGGCGCGAGAGCGGCACCCGCACGUUGGCCAGGCGUCGCAGGGCUCGGCGGACGUGCGGCUGGCCCACGGGCCGACCGCGGCACCACGUGGUGACGUGCUGCUCGUGGAGCCCGUGCGCCAGAGGCCAUACGGCAAGCGCUUCCAAGUCGUCACCACCACUGAGCCAUCUACGACCAGAGACGUGGCGAAGAAGAUAAACUACUCCUAUCACCCCAUCAUCGACUACAUCACCAGAUAGCCGCAGUGCGAACAAUCUUUUCCAUCUAUUUUGAUGUCAUGCUUGCCCCCUUUGUUUAUCUGUGUUUGCUCACAUGAAUGCAGCUUAUCGAUGCGGUAACUGUAGUCAAGGUGCACGCCCUCGGAAGCGACGAAGAAGCAAAGCAUGGACCCGAUGCACGUUGCUUGAAGACCACCUCUUUCAUACUGCCUGACGCCCCGGUGUUUACCUUAUGUCAAGCUCACGUUGAUGCACGGGCGAUGGAGUGACCAGUAGAUUUGAUAAGACUGAAAAUCUGAAAAAAAACUAACUCUUGUGGAACGGUCAAACAAUGACUCCACCACGUGCGUAAUGAAAAACUGGGCACAAUAAGAACUGUGAACUACGCAACUAAUUAUUGCACAAAGGCGUCUUUUUGUUACAUGUGUCACCACCUUUGGUUGCGCCAAGGUUUCUGUAAAAUUCGUCAGUUCAAGUUUAACGGGAGGUUCUACCAGUAAUGGCGUCUUCCGUCUAGUUCAUUCGUAUGUUUGCCUAUUGUAACUUCAGCAAACGUGUGGGUUCCAAGGAAGAAAAAAAAAAGAGAGAAUAAAGUAUGGGGAGAUCGACGCUGUUAACCUGGAACCUCUCGACAUUGCUGAGCACUUGAUUAUGCAAUAGAAGCCACUGUUUGCGUAUUCAAGAUUGUUUCGGAGAAGGCUACUCGACUAACUGAAAAGGUUGUCAAUGCUUGGGCCGACCAAUGUUCAAACGCCUUCCUGAAGAUGAGCUCGAUAGAACACACAUCUCGCUGCACUUAAUUUGAUUGUAAAACAUUCCUAAAUUCAAGCCUUUUCAUGCAGCGAAAUUCCUGGGCAAUAAGUAAGACGGUACUUGCCUCUUGAAACUACGCUUCGAACAGCUGCAGGCUAGUAGUGCUUAUUUUCACCAAACAUUAGAAGUGCAAUUACUUUACUUUCUGUGUGACGUGAAAACUCUUUGUCUAUGUAAGCUACAUCCUUCAGAGCCUGUUUGGGGCAGAUUGCAUUGUGCUUUUUGUUCGCAAGUGCGCUUUUUCUUGGCCGGUCAUCUUCACUAAUGAUAUGUGCUAUAUUAUGAAUUACUGAAACCGAAGACAUCUAGCACCAUGGGUUUUGGAUAAUACAGGCUUUGGUUGCGUUGGUUGUGGAGAGGUUUUGUGCACGUGCGGUUAGAUUUUCUUGAGUCCAAUAUAUUUACGUUCAGCCAACGAGUCACGGUACUUCCGCUAAUUGGAGGUUCAGAUGUCCCUGUACGCCUCGUUUUAUUAUCUGUUCUAGACUUGAGUAAAAAAAGGGCCCAAUUCACGAAGGGUGGACUGUACGCGCUCAUUAUCAAUGAAUAGCAGGCUUCACUGAUGUUAAGCCUAGCUUUAUGACUUGCCGAAUUUUUCUUCCUGAUUAAUUUCACCGUAAUGGUAUUUCUGAAUAUGGGCAAUGAAUUGAAAGUCGCAUAGCCUUUUGUUAGGCAUUGCCUUUUGUGGCUGGCAGGUAGUGUCUAAUCUUAUGACCCUGCGACAUAAUUGGCUCACGUUUGCUUCUAUAACCAAUGACCAUGUAAGCAGUUUUCUUUUGUUUUUUUUGUGUAUAUGUGUGUGUUUGCGUGAACACCUCCGAAGUGCUUUCAUUUAAAUGCACCGCAAACCUACAAAAGUGUUUGAAGCAUUAUUUUAUGUCAUCCAGGGGUUUUCCCUCUCAGUAUGUGUCAACAACCUGACGCGUCUUUGUACUAGAAGCAGGGGACUUCUUUUUUAAAAGAGAAAUGUAAUUGCUCGGCAGAAAAGUGCACGUGGAAUUCUCGUGAGCGAAACAAAGAUGGCGAUAAGUUAUAAAGUAUAAAGCAGCAGGUCGUGUUACUGUUAUGUAUGUUUGUAAAAAAAAGAAGCCUACUUUUUUUAAAUACUGCUCGUAUUGCACGAUACACACAAAACCAAAGCUUAUACUAACCACUCAGUGUUCGCAAUCCCUUAGUACAUGGCAUUGAUGAAUUAUCAACCAUUUCGGAGCGGUUAGCAGCAACUAUAAACGAGAAUUAAAGUUGCCAAGUUCAUCAAGAAGGCUUAAUUUUUAUGUGAUUCACUGAAAUUCAGAAAAAAUGGGAUGCUCCACUUUUCACUGAGCCAUUUCAAAGGCGCUGCUUUCACUCCGAAGCCCUUUUUUUUACUUCUUCCUUCGUUUUUUUUCCCUCUUUCUCGUGUGUGUUGUGCUGUGUGAAUAGUUGUGCUGUGUGCCUUUCUGUACAGUAGUUCCUGGUUCGCCACUACUGCCAUCGUGCUUGCUUCAUCGCAAGCUCACGUUUGCACAUUAUUUAUUGUUGUACCAUAGGCGCUCUGUCCUUAUUUCAUGUGAUCGUGUCGCUAAUCGCAAGAAUGUAGCAGGCAUUGUUGUAUUUCAUUUUUAAACCUGUUGACAUACACAAUGAAGAAUUUGUAUAUGCUGUUGCUAAUAAAAAAAUGCUCAGCGUAUGCGCAA